AAAUCAAAGGCGCUAAAGAAACAAGAAUGGAGGAGAGCACAACUUCUGCUUCCACCGAAGCCGUCGUAGAAGCCCUAAGGGCCAGAGGCUGGUGUUUCGGCGAUUGGGACCAAGUCAAAGCUCUCAUAGUAAUUCACACCGCUUUAUCCGACGAUGUGGGCACUUGUUCGGUUGCCGAUUUGGUUGAAUCGGAGCUCGUUAACAUGGACCUUAGAUCCAUCGGAGGCAAAUCCUUACCCGACCCGAACCUCCGAAAAUCUUCAUUUGUUGUUGGUCCCAAAGUCCUCCAGAUUUCGUCAGUAAGGGAUAUAUCUAGAAGCAGCAUAUCCGAAUUUUCGGGGAAUUCGAGUAGUUUACGUUUGCUGAGAUUGUGUCUUACCGAUGGACAUAGUGAGAUAACUGCCAUUGAGUACUCUCAUGUUCCAGCAAUUCCCGACAAUGUGGUUCCUGGUACUAAGAUUCGUUUGGAAAAUAAAGCCAUCAUACACGGUGGCAUAUUAUGUUUGAACCCUAAAGUGGUAAAUUUGUUAGGAGGUGUUGUUCAAUCGCUUUAUGAAGAAUGGGAGAUGAACCAAAAAUAUUCAGGUUUCUCCCGUUCAUCAUUAAGGUCAUCUCAAAGUGGUACUGGUGGUCCUCCCCCAUUUGAGAAGUUGCAAAUCGAGGCACCUUUGAGCAGUAGGCUUGUCCAACAAGGCAGAUCAUCUUGUGAGCAUUCUCAAGCUUUUUAAAUGUCUUGUAUUUAAUCUUAUAUCCCACUUGCAUUGCCAUUGUUUUUUCUUCUUUGUGUACUACUUAAGAAUUUUUCUUUCAGAAUUUGUUCCCGCUCUUUUUAGGAGCUUUGGUAACUAUAUAGGCUUAACAUCUAAUCUAAGAGUAACAAAGGAGUAGACAGAGAGCCCGUGGCUGUAAUGUUUGUUGUUGACUACAAUAAUCAAGCUGUUAACACCUAUUGGUAUAAAAUCUAUUGUUUAAUGUAGAUGAUGAAUCAGUAUUAUCAUAGAAAAUUUAUGUGAUAUAGAUGCCACUUUAACAAGAUAUGAAGUGAAACCCUUUUGCACCUAGACCACUUUUUCCAUAGUGGACACAUUUAAGAUGUGCUAUGGACUCUUUCUUCUUGUUGGCUCUGACAGGCAUUAAGAGAAUUUCAUUUCUUUGAUAUCUUCCUUUCAUUCUUCUUGGGAACAAUCAUUGAGGGAUUCGUAGAAAAGGAAACAUUGAAUUUGAUACUUGGUGUUCAG